AUGGCCAACAAAGUUGAAUAUCUUCCACAAGCUAAUCACGGGACGUACGGAAAAAAUGGGGAUUUGAAUUCCAGGACCCAAGAGACCAGCGAGAAUCCAAAGGAACCGAACUGCAUUGUAAAGACGGCAAGGCGCUUGAUUCCUGAUGGCGGUAUUCUCUCUGGUGUUUUUAAUCUUGCUGGAAGCAGUCUUGGUGCUGGAAUUCUCGCCCUUGCCUCCGCAUUUAACUUCUCGGGUAUUGUGGCGAGUACCAUCUAUUUAAUUGCCAUCUACCUACUCACCGUUUUUUCCAUGUAUCUUUUGGCAGUGACGUCGCUAAAGACCGGCAUUCGCAGUUAUGAAGGAAUGGCUCGUCAGCUGUUUGGGCGUGGUGGUGAUAUUUUCACUGCGAUAGUCAUGUUUAUAAAGUGCUUUGGUGCAUGUGUCGCGUAUGUCAUCUCAGUUGGCGAUGUUAUUGAAGCGUUUCUUGGCGAUGAUUCUGUGACUGGGUACUGGCGAACAAAAAGCUUUGUUCGCGUUGUCAAUUGCAUCGUUUUCUUCUUGUUCAUGCUUCCAUUGUCGCUUCCGAAGCGUAUCAACUCUGUACGAUAUGUGUCAUUUUUUGCGGUUUCGUUUAUUAUUUACUUUGUCAUUGUCAGCAUUGUCCACAGUGUGCGAAAUGGUUUAAAACAUGGGCUUCGUAACGAUCUUGUUCUUUUCAGGGGUGGAAAUGAGGGGAUUCAAGGACUUGGGGAGCUCAUGUUUGCAUACCUAUGCCAAAGCAACAUGUUUGAGGUAUGGAACGAGAUGAAGCCGGAGAGUACUGCAUUUCGAAUGACUUUGGAGACAGCAAUCAGUAUGUUUCUUUGCACCGUUCUUUAUUGGCUUACCGGUUUCUUUGGUUACGCGGACUUUGGCUCGGAUGUUACCUCAUCUAUUUUGAAGAUGUUCAAGCCAAUGAGGGAUGCGAUGAUGUUUGUCGCGUAUAUUGGCAUUGUCAUAAAGCUUUGUGUGGCCUUUUCUCUCCACAUUCUUCCGUGCCGUGAUUCGCUUCAUCAUCUUUUGGGCUGGAAACUGGACACCGUUGCAUGGUGGAAGAAUGCGGUACUUUGCACAGUUGUGUGCCUUAUUGCGCUUAUUGCCGGUCUUUUUAUUCCGAACGUGAACCUUGUAUUUGGCCUGCUUGGCUCACUGACGGGUGGAUUUAUCGCCUUUGUAUUUCCCGCGCUCUUUUUCAUUUACAGCGGCGGCUUCACUUAUGCAAAAACCGGUUUUUUUCUUUACACCUGCACAUAUUUACUGCUCUUUGCCGGUAUCGUUGUAAUAUGCUUUGGAACGACAUCGACCAUAUAUGGUGUUGUCAAGUAA